UGAACCCGGAAGUGGGCGGGGAAGCGGCUGGUGAUGCUGGAAUAAACAUGGCGGCCUGCGGCUGGCGCGUUCCCCUGUGGAAGGCGCUGGCGCUGCUGUCGCUCUGGGCGGGAUGGGGCCACGGCCGCGUGCACCACCUCACGCUCAGAGAUGAUGUGAGGCAGAGAGUUCACCUCAACACUUUUGGCUUCUUCAAGGAUGGUUUAAUGAAGGUCAAUGUCAGCAGUCUUUCACUGAAAGGACCUAAAGUCCUUGAAGACAAAAGCAACCUAGCAGUGGGAUUCACUCUGGACCGAACGAAGAAUGAUGGUCUCUACACUUACCUGGAUGAAGAAGUGGAUUACUGUAUCUUGAAAAAAAAACCAGAGCAGGAUGUCUCUGUUGUUCUUCUACUCCUGGACCUCAAAAAUGAUGUUGUGAAAGUAAGGGUCUCUCCAGAAGCUGCUGCUCAGUUGCCUAAAAUUUUCUUCACACCAGAAGGGAAUACUUCUGAGGCUACUAAGACUUCAGAACAAGCCAGUGACUCUGAACAUGCCCUUGGGGAGAGCAGCCAGAAUCCUGAAAGCCAAGGCAAAAAGAUCAAACGAAGUACAACAGCAGCUCAGAACAUAAUAGAACAAGUACACCCUAUUCAUAAUGAUAAAGGAACUGUUUCAUUCCAGUUUAAUUUUAGUAUCAGCUCUGAUGACCAAGAAGGUCUCUACAACCUUUAUUUCUACAAGUGUAUUGGCAAUGAUAUGCAGACCAAUGAUCAGCUCCUGUUUAGCCUUGAUAUAGAGAUCACUGAAAAGAAUCCUGAAAGUUAUCUCUCAGCAGAUGAGAUUCCACUUCCAAAGCUUUACAUUUCUAUGGCACUCUUCUUCUUCCUUUCUGGGACUGUGUGGAUCCAUGUUCUCCGUAAGCGCAGGAAUGAUGUGUUUAAGAUUCACUGGCUAAUGGCAGCUCUCCCUUUUACAAAGUCUCUGUCUUUAGUGUUCCAUGCGAUUGACUACCACUACAUCUCCUCUCAGGGAUUUCCCAUCGAAGGUUGGGCUGUUGUCUAUUACAUCACACACUUACUGAAGGGUGCUCUUCUGUUCAUCACCAUUGCACUCAUUGGAACUGGUUGGGCUUUCAUUAAACACAUCCUUUCAGAUAAAGACAAAAAAAUCUUCAUGAUCGUCAUCCCGCUACAGGUCCUGGCAAAUGUGGCAUACAUCAUCAUAGAAUCAACAGAAGAGGGAACCACUGAAUAUGGGCUGUGGAAAGAGAUCCUGUUCCUGGUAGACUUACUAUGCUGUGGGGCCAUCCUAUUUCCAGUAGUAUGGUCAAUAAGACACUUACAGGAGGCCUCAGCAACAGAUGGGAAAGGUACAUGCUGUUUCAAAUGGAGACGGAGAGGGGAACUGGCAGAGCCAAGAUCUGCCAUUAAUCUAGCGAAGCUGAAGCUGUUCAGGCAUUACUAUGUUAUGAUUGUAUGUUACAUUUACUUCACACGGAUCAUUGCGAUGCUUAUUAAGGUUGCUGUCCCAUUCCAGUGGAAAUGGCUCUACCAGCUGUUGGAUGAAAUGGCCACACUGGUGUUCUUCGUCCUUACUGGGUACAAGUUCCGUCCGGCAUCAGACAACCCUUACCUACAACUCUCUCUGGAAGACGAGGAUGACUUGGAGAUGGAAGCUGUGGUGACCACUUCUGGGGUAAUGGAGGGGAUGAAGAAGGUCAAGAAGGUGAUGAAUGGUUCAGCGGAGUCCCAGGGCGAGUGGGAGAACACAGCAUGAUGGCCUGAUCCCCUGGACCAAGGCAGCACUUUCAGAGAGACUUUUUUUUUUAAUUUAUUAAUACACCUCUCAGUGGAAAGGGAGCAACCUGUACUUCCCAACACUGACACUGCAGCGGGGCGUGUGUAGGGGGAGCAAAACAUUGCAAAAAAUACCUAACUAUUCUUCUUUUUUUUUUUUAAAGAAAAUGGAAUUUCUUGCUGUACCUGCCGAGAGUGUGACACUUUCCUAUGGAUGCAAGGGUGGCUUUGGUUUUCUUUUUGUAAUAUUAUUUUGCCCCCUUUCUGGAACAGGUGGUUGAUCCAAAUUGCUUGGUGGCGUUAUCUGAAAAGUGUAAUACAAAUUGAGAGAGAGAGAGAGAGAGAAAGACCUCUUAGUGUGUAUGUAAAGCUUAUAAUUAUAUAAUGCAUAUAGAUACACACAUGCUCUGUAACAUACAUGCUGGAGUUGACAAUAUCAUGAAAAAUGAGGAAAUGGGAGAGGGUAUGUGACUCUUUUUUGUAAACUUCUGCCAAAUCAGGCAGGCUUCUUGAUGGCCAGGAGGGAGACAGUGAGGAGGCUGUAAAAUAAACUAACAGGAAUGAUCAUUUGGAAAAUGUAACCAGAUACUGGAUCAGAGAUGACUCUCUUGCCAUCUUUCCCUUUGGUGAAGUCCAGAGGUUGGUCUUUUCUAGUCCGUGCAGGUAAAUACUGGGAUGCAUCAGUUUAAGCAUGUGCUUCAUUGAAAAACAUCAUGGUUUGAGCUUUUUGUCCUUCAGGCUAAGUUCUGAUUUCCACCGUUGGAAAAGUUGCUCUGUAUUUAUGCACCGAUGCAGAAGAAAUCAGCAUUUGGUACUCGGGCCCUUUCCUAUCAGCUGGGUAACACUGAUGCUGUUUGUUAGGGCCCUAUGGGAUUAUUUUAAGUCUUGAUUCUUAAACUGUGACCCAGAACGUUUUGGUUUCCAAUAUGAAAUGUUUGAGAAACACAUUGUGGUGGGCUGGAGUGUUGCAAAGGGCAAUGGUCCAGCAAGAGGAGCUUCUUACUUGUGUGGGGGAGGAAGAGCUUCUGAAAGAAUGCUGUGACUACUGCAGGACGAAUCUCUGGCUCAUCUCCUUUAUUCUGAACCAUAUUGUCUCUGUGGGUGGCUGCUUGCCUCUGGCUGGAACGUGUAGAAUCAGUGAUGCUGCUGCUGCCUGAGCCCCUCUGAGUCGAACAGAGUUGAUGGCGUAACCAGUAAGCUGCAGCUCCAGUCAUAGCAGGGAGCAUGUUGGGAAGUAAGAUGAUGGUAUUUCUUCCUAGGCCCUGUAAACAUUCAGCAAAUAGGAAGUUAAAGCUUUCUGUUCAGGCAUUAAAGUAAAAGAAAAUGGGAAAGGGCUGUGUAGGGGAACAGGGAUAGUGAUGAAGCAGUAGGUGCUUGUGGAAAGAAUUGGUGAUUAGCUAAUUGAGGAAUUUCACCUACUGGCUUCUAGUCUUCAAUAGGAUCCUUAACAGACAAAUUACAAGUGCCCUGUGCUUUACCUGUAGUGCUCUGGUAUUUCUGAUAGCACAAGCAUCUAACAUAGUACUAAUAAGGCUGCUCUUAGCUGGGUAGGGGAGUCACUCUUUAAUUCAGUAUAAGAGGGAUAAGGUGGUAUAUAACUUAAUCAAAUAAAAUAAGUAGAAACUAAGCGACUUGGACACCAGCCUUAGUCCUUUUGCAGGGCUAUGUAGAUAUAAUGCAGGGUUGCAUAGGUUUCACUAUAAGAGCUUGGCAUACCUGCAAAUGACAAACCCACAAGGGAUCAGAUUUGUUCAAUGGCUGCAGAGCUUGCAUCUCCAGGGAGCAACUGCCUGGGGAGCUAGACUUGCUGGCAGCUUUGUUCUCUUCCUACAGCCUGGAACAGGGUGAAACUCACUUUUUGGUUUUGGAUUGUCGAACUGUUUCUUUCUGGGAACUGAGGCUGAGAUGGGGUUUCAGUUCUUUAAAACUGCUUCCCAUUGGACAGCGGUAUUGCUUUCUCCCUACACCAAUUCUCAUCAUCACUGCAAGCUUCAAAAAUGUUGAAAGUGGAUGGUAAGAAGAGUCUGUCUGCUCUGAUGCCUGGGAUCAGUUUCCUUUCAUAUUGCACUUGAAAACAUCAUGAUUCCCAACACCAAGGUUUUUUUCUGUAGCAACUUUCUCACUUGCUUCAUAAUACAUUAGAGCUGUAAUAGUCUGCCCCUACCCUUGGUGGCUAACAUCUCAUGAACCUCAAGCUUUCAUUAGGAGAAAUGGAAAUUUUUCACUAGCGGGGUGGUCCACACAUGAUCUUGUAGAGCUUCCAGGGUUCCUGGAAAUAAUUGUUUUUGCUCUUUCUGCAUGUUAAGUGGUAGAGAUGUGAGGAAGUAGCACUCAGCCAAGUGUGCCAAGGCAGUUGUGGUCUUGAAAGCUGUUGCUCUUAUAUGGGAAAGCACGCUCACUCUGCUCUGAUGUGCAGCCCCAGAACUGUGGAAGUCCCUGGCUGCCUAUUUGCAAUUCCAGGGAAUGGCCUUUUAGAUGUGGACUUGCCUGCAAAUUGUUGAGAAUAAUGCAUUGGCAACUCCAGUGCUCUUCUGGCAAAUGGAGGUGGUUGAGUAAGCAGUAAGGAUUUCAUGUCAGGAAUAGAGGUGCAACAACACAUUCUUACUCCAGAAGUGAUGCCUUCAGGGGAUCUGUUUGUACACUUCCUGAAUUAAAUGUGAACUUUUUUUAAAGGAUAUGGCUCUUUCUACUCCAAUGGGUGUUGGCCCUUUCAGAAGUCUUGUGAGGACUGCUAGGGGAUGCCAACUCUUAACUGCUACAUAUUACGGCAACACAGCCACCGGUAUAGGUAACGCUUAUACCUUCAGUCUCAGGUUUCUCUCUUUAUAUGCACUUUUGCUAAUAUAUCCGCUAGAAAUUUGUCUGCAGAGUCGAGGAAUAAGCAGGAGUUGAGGCUGUCUCAUGGGCUAUGAGGUGGAGAGGAGGAACCCAGGAAGCGUUUCUAAAAUGGGCAACUUUGGUCUGUGAACCAGAGACAAAUGCGCCACUUUCUGGCCAAUUCUAGCUGGCAUCUGAUGUCAGCAAUGUUGGAAGACAACCAAUGGUACCAGCUGGUUGCAGCUAAAUUAUUGCUAUGAAAAUAUAGUGCUUAGCAUUGUGGGUGGAAAAAUGAGCAGAGCAAUCAAAAGUUCAUAUAGCAGCCACCAUCUUACAGGCACUCUCUCUACUUGCUUCUCAAAAAGGAAGGCUUGCCUUUUUUCCCCCCCUGUCUACUCCAUGCGAUUGGCAAGUGCUUGAUUUUGGUGGCCAGCCCCACUGCCCUGAAAUAGUGACCCAAAAGUUACGAUAAUCAAAGCACCUGGCUUUCAAACACUGCUUCCACAGAUGCCUGGUACCCUACUGACACUGUAAAGAGGGUGAUCCAAUUACUUGCGACUAAGUUGACCAUCCUAGGAUGCAGGUGGUUUAACUUCCCUCUUUAUGCCUGUAAUGAUGAAAGUUGGCAAAAAAAGAAAAAGACUUUACAAGGCCAUAGCGCUAAAAGUGUCUGAAGGCUUGGAAAACUGGGCCUUCUGUGAGCAUAUAGCUGCGGAUGGCUUGAUGCAUCACCCCUAGAGACCUUGCAGCACAUACUGUGCAAACUGUGAAACGUCUCAGGCAUCGGCUCUCUUCAGUAGUCAUGCAACUUAUGCCCCAAUAAAUCAAUAUUGAUAAUGAUACCCAAAUGAUGCUUGAACACUCCUGCCUACUGUGGUAGCAGUGACUGCUGUAGUUUGGUUCAGCAAGCUGUCUUCCACAAUAAGCUUGCUUGUAGUGCAGUUGCCAAAUGCUUGAAUAUUACUGGCUUGGGAAAUAUUUCCCUUGGUAGUUUUAUCUUCAGGCUUCUGUUUUGUUUUGUUCUUUUUCAACCAUGAUAUUAACAGUAUCACCCAGAAUGUCACCUCCUUCCCUCGAGUGCAGUAGUUCCAGUUGGGGAAGCAACAAGCUAUGCUAUUAGUAAGCUCUUUUUCAUGUUACCAUCUAAACCAGCAUGUCACGGUCUGCUCGGUACAUUGUUCAGCAUGUUUCUCUCCAGCAGGUUGCCCUGUCCCUUGAUUUUCGUGCUGGCGUACCCUGGGAGCAUGUUGUAAAGAUUUGGUGCAUUGCAGCAUUUUUGUCUCGGAGCUAGUAUAUGGAAGAUGUCUAUUUUUUUCCUAAGCUACAUGGACCCUGUAGAGUGUGAGCACACAUUUACUGUAUAUUCUUUUAGCUAUGUAACAUUCCUCCUAACAUUAAAUUUAUGUAUCCUACUUGAGUUUCUUAAGUAUCAAAGUACGAGCCAGGAAUCCACUCCAGAAAACAGGAUUUAAAUGCACAUUUUUAGCCGCCUUUGUUUUCUGCCACCAGUGACAUCGCCCCUAGUGAGGGGGGACUUGCACUCCAGUCUAUGACCACCAGAUGCUCACAGUGGGGUAGGGAAUAAGGGGAAAGGUAGCUGUCAGCGAGUUGGGAAACACCUGUCUGAUUUUGAGCACCUGCGAAUUCCACUGAGCUCCGCGGCUGGUGAGAUUGCUGGACACCUGUUGAAAACUGAACCAUGAGAGGACAAAUACUGAGGGGGAGGAAAGGAAAUCUGUUUUCCAGCCUGUCUCUAAAUAUCAUUCGGUAUCUCCCAUGACUAUAGCUAGCUAACCACAGCAGACUUGGAAUGCUAGCUCCGAUAUGGCUGCUUCCGUCCUUGUCAUACAUGACCCUUUCCCCUCUCUCCAUUGAAGAGACCAUGGAGGCUUAACCAACAGUGAGGGGAAGUCACAAGGUGACACUCAAGACUCACCAAGAACAAUUAUUUUGCCUCCAGAACUUUUGCACAUAAACCCGGCACGUAUCUUAAAUGUUUUUCAUAGGAAAUUACAUUGGAAAGAGACUUCGUGAGACUCUUGAGCAAUUAGUUUCUUAUAGUGUUCCUUGGAAAAUGUUGUAAUCUCUUUUUUUUUUUAAAGAUUAAUCUUGGAUUUCCUGGUAGCCACAGCCAUGCAGCUGCUUGCUCACAUCAUUUUUAUUAGUGAUACUGAGAAUUCUGUAGCUUUUCCCUAGUGAUGUCUUGUUUAGCUAUAGCAGUGAUUUCUUUAAGGUCUCUGCAUGGUUUAUACUUGAAAGCUGUUUUCUAGGAGGCUGAAGCUGGAUUUGAUGAGAAAAUAUUCUCUUGAGAUACUACAUUAUACGUGAAGUGAAGGCACAGAAGAAAGUGGCUGAGAAGAGCUCAUUCUUUGCAAGUUGACUGGUUCAAGGACCUGUUUAAGUUUUGACUACAGUGAAUUCUGUAGUGAGCAAGUUUUAAAUGUUUCCCUCUGGAAACUUCACUGAGCCUUCUGAUCUCCAUAUCUUAAUCUGAACUUUGACAACCAUGUUGCCAAAGGGGAGUCAGACUUUCUCUUGUAUCUACAAGUCCGAAAGCUAGGAGACUGGAGCAGUGAGGUGAUAACCAUCUGAAGCAAAGGAUGGCUUUGAAAAGUGCCCCUCUAUUAACGGUGGUUGGUGGGGGUCUUUUUUUUUCUUUUCUUUUUUUUAAAAAAGAUCCUUCUCUAUCCUAAAUCUGCUUUAGGGCAUCUUUGUAGGUUGUACUUGGCCAUCCAAACUCCAAAAGAAUCAAAAGAUUAAAAUCCUCAUUGAGCUCUUGCUUUUUGGGGUUGCUUGAAGGUGUGUAAAUAUUUGACUCUUGGUUUCAUGUUGCGACGCAAAAUGGAUUUUUCAGUAUUUUUUUUAACUUUUAAUAAAAGAGCAAUGAACAGUAUUUAUCUAAAGCUAAUUUGGGUGGGUACAAAUCAGGAUGAUUGGUCAUUUGGUUUUUCCUGCUGUGAUAAACGUGUAAAAUAAAGAUUGUAUGACUGGAAUGAAA